AUGUCUUCGUUGCUUCACUACUACCGCGUAGCCGACCUCCACGUGAAUCCUGCGCUCCAAAAGAAGGCCAAUGAUGUCGGCUUCAAGAUGGUUAGCAGUGAGAUUUGCUACAACAUCCAGGCCACGGCUGCGCUGGAUGCGGAGGAGACCAAGAAGCUUGAGUAUCUGCUUCGGGAGACCUUCGAACCUGAGAAGUUCGGCUCGAAAAGCUUCCUCAGCGGGAAAGUGGUGGAGGUGGCGCCACGACAACAGUUCACCAGUGCGUGGUCCACCAACGCCGUGUCCAUUUGCCACUCCAUCUCCCUGGAAAAGAUCGUGCGCAUUGAGAAGUCGAGACGCUACCAGGUGGAGACCAGCACAGAUUCCUUGAAAUCCUUUGCCAAGUUGGUCCACGACCGCAUGACGGAGUGCGAGUACCCCAGUGGCAUUAGUACUUUUGAGGAGCACCAGGAACCCGAGGGCUGGACACGAGUGCCGGUCAUGGCGCAGGGAGCCAAAGCUUUGGAGGAGCUCUCCAAGCAGAAGGGCUUGGGCUAUGAUGAGCAGGAUAUCGCCUACUACCUGCGCGUCUUUAGAGACGAGUUGAAGCGGGAUCCCACCACGGUGGAAUGCUUUGACUUGGCACAGGGUAACUCCGAGCACAGCCGGCACUGGUUCUUUGGUGGAAAGGUGGUCAUUGAUGGCGAGGACAUGCCUUUGACCCUCUUCCAGUGGGUGAAGCGACCAUUGAAGGAGCGAAUCAGCAACAGCGUCAUUGGCUUCCACGACAACAGCAGUGCCCUACGAGGUUAUGCGCAUACGGCGUUUUUGCCCAGCGGCUCCGUGGCUCAACCGUCGGCUUUCAAGGAGGUGACCAGGGACUUUGACAUCACUUUGACGGUUGAAACGCAUAACUUCCCCUGUGGCAUUGCACCAUUUCCAGGUGCUGAGACGGGAGCGGGUGGCCGCAUCCGUGAUGGUGAGAGCACGGGCAAGGGCUCGUUGGUGGUGGCCGCAGUGGCUGGCUAUGCCACUGGGAAUCUACACAUCCCAGGCUACAAGAUGCCUUGGGAGUUUGAAGAUUUCAAAUAUCCUUCCAACAUGGCACCGCCACUGCAGGUACUCAUUGACUGCUCGAAUGGCGCCAGCGAUUAUGGCAACAAGUUUGGAGAACCCUUGAUCUGCGGUUGGACCAGGUCCUGCGGCAUGCGACUGCCCAGCGGUGAACGCUUCGAGUGGGUGAAGCCGAUUAUGCUCAGCGGAGGCCUUGGUCAAAUGGAUCAUGGACAUUUGGUGAAGGAAGACCCCCAGGCUGGUCAGUUGGUGGUGAAGAUCGGCGGCCCUGCGUACCGCAUCGGCGUGGGAGGCGGGGCCGCCUCCUCCAUGGUGGCCGGCGACAACCAGGAAGAGUUAGAUUUCAACGCGGUGCAGCGUGGCGAUGCAGAGAUGCAACAGAAGGUGAAUCGCGUGGUUCGGGCCUGUGUGGAGCUUGGGCCCAAGAACCCUAUCCUUUCGAUUCACGACCAAGGAGCUGGAGGCUCCGGAAACGUGCUGAAAGAGAUCAGCGAGCCUGCAGGCGCUGUCAUCGACCUGCGCAAGAUGCACGUGGGCGAUCCAUCGAUGUCAUUUCUGGAGCUAUGGACGGCUGAGUUUCAGGAGAACAAUGCCCUUCUUCUGGGCAAAGAAAAUGAGGCCAUGUUCGACCAAAUUUGCAAACGAGAGAAAGUCCCCUAUGCCGUGUUGGGUACCAUCACCGGAGAUGGUCAAGUGGUCGUAAAGGAUUCUCGCGAUGGAAGCACACCGGUGGAUCUUCCAUUGGAGAAGGUCUUGGGAAAGAUGCCACAGAAGGUCUUUCCAAUGCAACGCAUCUACAAACAAACGCCGAGAGCACUGGAUCUUCCACCUUCUCUUACGGUGCAAGUGGCGUUGGAGACAGGUGUCUUGCGCUUAUUGUCGGUGUGCUCCAAGCGCUUCUUGACCAACAAGGUCGAUCGUUCCGUCACGGGGCAGAUUGCGCAACAGCAAUGUGUGGGACCAUUGCAGACGCCCCUGGCGGAUUUCGCAUGCAUCGCCCAGAGCCCUCUGAGUAUGUCCGGGGCGAUGUCGGGCGGUGCGACGGCCAUUGGAGAGCAGCCGCUGAAGGGCUUGCCAGGUGACCCUGAGAGUUGCAUCUCGAUGGCGCGGCUGGCAGUGGCUGAGGCGCUGACCAACUUGGCGUGGAUCCGAAUCCCAACACUGGAUUCCAUCAAGGCCUCGGGCAAUUGGAUGUGGGCUGCCAAAUUGCCGGGGGAAGGCCCCAAGAUGUACGACAUUGCAGAGGCGCUCAGCAACAUCAUGGUGGAGUUGGGCAUUGCCAUCGACGGCGGGAAGGAUUCACUGUCCAUGGCAGCUCGGGUGCCACUGGGCAAUGGACAGGUCGAAACGGCCAAGAGUCCGGGGCAGUUCGUGCUCACCGUCUACGCACCUGUGCCAGACGUCCGCAUCAAGGCCACGCCAGAUCUGAAGACCCACGGCGACGGCGUCCUGCUCUUCGUGGACCUGGGCGCUGGACCGCCGGUGCUUGGCGGCUCUGCCCUCUCGCAGGUCUUUGGACAGCUGGGUUUCGGCAAGUCACCACAAGUGGACGCGAAAGCUUUGAAGGUGACACAGAUUACCUCGGGCGCAGAUGCUGAGGACCAACGGGUCUUGUGUGCCGCCUUUGCCGAAGUUGCCGCGGAGGCUUCGGAGAUCGAACGCACCGCCAUCGAGUUGGAUCGCGCUGGAGAUGCGGAGCAGGCCAUGUCGGUCUAUCGUCAAGCAGCAGAUCGCAUGGCCAAGGCGGCAUCACUCUGCCCUGAAGGCAACCCGGACCGCACGGUCUUAGCCAAGCACGCCGGCGAGAUCUUUGGUCGCAUCGUCUACCUCGAGAGUUUGCAGGGUGCUGUAGCUACGGCACCGCCCGAGGCACACAUCGGAUGCGAUAAAUUGGUGCUGGGCCAUGGUGUGGAGAGACAGGAUUCCGAUGGCUAUCAGGUCUUGUGUGAUCCUUCUCGGGGUGGUGUGCAUGAGCCCAACUGGCGACAGAAAGCUGUGAGCGCGGCAGCAGUGAGUGGCGCCGCCGGGCUCCUGGUCCUCCACGCCCCCGUCUGUGCGCUGGGGCUGGCAGCCGGCGCGGCAUAUGCCACCACGCGCAAGGACAGUGCUGGUGAUGCUGCCAGAUCUAUGGGUUGCAUGGGGCUGCAGGCGGCGGAACACGUGAAGCAGGUGGCGCACCAAAAUCGCCUGGGUGAACGGGCGCAGGAUGCCUUCAGUGGAGUCCGCUCUUUUGAUCAACGCUGGAGGGUCUCUGAAAGAACUCAGGCCUUGGCGAGUAGCAGUGUGAGCACUCUGCGAGACAUUGACGAGAAACACCAG